AUGAAUUAUUUGACGAUGAAUUUAUUAACAUUGAUUUAUUUUAUAUUCAAAAUUUUAUCAUUUAUUGAAUGUAUAAAUAAUAAUGCUAAUUAUUAUACGUUUGCUAUUUUAUCUGAUGUUCAUAUGGGUGCUGAUGGACUCAAUUCAACUAUUCGUCUUCAAUCAGCUAUUCAUAAAAUAAAUGAAUUAUCAAAAAAUUUAACAACUUAUUUAAAAUUUGUCUUUAUUACGGGUGAUAUUACAAAUACAGCGUUAAAAUCACAAUAUGAUCAAGUUUUUUCACUAUUAAAUACUUUAUCCAUAGAUUAUUAUCCAAUUAUAGGCAAUCAUGAUCAAUGGUCAUUGAUUCGAUUCACAUUAUUAUACAGUCAUCUUUAA